AUGGCUUUACGUUUCCGCAAUGCCGUCACGUAUGUCAUACCUGCCGGAGUCCUGGCACUUCUUGGCUGCUGGUGGAUGUAUUCCCAUAGAAAAAAGCAUCCAAGCUAUCACCACAACCAACCAAUAGCCACCAAAGGAGAGCAACAGGGGGAAGUGCCAGAGAAUGAUUUGUCACCCAAAACAGAAGCGUGCGUUCCUCAAAGACUGCCUCUCUGGUCAGAAGAGGAAUGCUCAGAGAAUGAAACCUCGACCUCCCUGCUGCCAGCAGGGUCGACGACGCCCUCUCUUCUGGGUGAAACUCAUGAGAGGCUAGAUCUCUCCCAGGACCUUCCAGACCUGUCACCAGUGACAACUCAGCCCAGCACCUUCGAAGACGACAGUGAAAAACUGGAGACAAUAGGAUCUCAAGAUGAAAGCAGUGUCCCUGCUUGUGUUUCUCUCCCUCUGAUCUCAAAGAGCGCAGAGUGUCACGGCGGUGCUGCAGCGAGCCGUGUGCAGGAUCCGAGCCGUGGAGCAACCCACGAUCAGUGGCCAUCGGCACCGAUGACGGUGACACGAGAGUCUUUGGGAAUCGUGAAGGAGAUCAGCAAUGCAGAGCAGUCAGGUGAUUCUUCGUUUAAGCCCCCUAAGGAAAUCCAGGUGCCAGAAGUUGUGCUAUCGAAUAGUGGCUCUGCGAUAGCCCUUUGCCUGGGAUUGGAGAAGGAAGCCAAUACCCCACAAGCCUUUCUCGGCGAUGAUGCCGAAGUUGUGUCAGGUCACAAGGAUUUUGCAGUGAGCAGGUUACCGGAUAGUUUGGAGUCUGCCUGUUUGGAGCAAUCCAGGGAAGAAGAGAUGUCCGAGUCAAUUGUUAGUACUGUGCCUGUGUGUCAGGAGGAGGACACACAGCCAAAAGGAGCUGAACUGGAAGGAGAGAAGAUUGGAGGAGUGAGUUUAGACAAGGGAGAAGGCAAGAAAAUUGAGCAAGUAGCAAUACAGAUAAUUUCCAAUGUCAUUUUGGCAGCAACUGAGGAAGUGCUGUCUGGUUCCGCGAGUGACGCGCCCACUCGGAUGUGCCAGACUGCAGCCAGCAGAGUUAGGAGACCUCUGGAGGUGCCAAGUGUUGUUGCCCCUGAUCGGAUGCUUGCGGAGGGAGCAGCAGGAGCUGAUGAGAGCAUUGCUGUGAGGAGUGAUGCUGUGGUGCUCACAUCCCCGCUGACAGAGGAGCGGGGUCAGAGCGUGACAGCUUCCAGCUGUUUAACGCACAGCUGUUUGCCUGGCCCCGUUCAGGGAGAUGUGAAAGACUGUCGGGUUAAGAGCCAUGUGUGCGGUGAGUCCCAAGGAGUUGAUCGGACUCCUCUGCAAAACUGCAGGGGGUCACUGGCAAAGUCACCUUUGGCUGUGGAGGACUCUGGGUGCAGCAUGUACGUAUCUGAAGGUGGGACAAGCGUGGAGGACCCACUGCAGAACACAAUGCUGUCUGUCACAUCAGGCCAGCAUUCGGACUCGCUGAGCACAUCUGCAUCCCAAGACACAUCUGCUGAGCAGAGCUCGGUACCAAGUGAAAUCCCUUCGACUCUGCAGCUGCCCGAAGGCAGCACCGUGCCGUGCAGCAAUGGGAUACUGAAAGAGGAUGGCCCAGACCUGCAUCGUGAGUGCAGCAGGGCAGCAGCCAUGGAUGGAGAUCAGUCAGGAGGUUCGGACGUAAAUAAUGUGGAUUUUGUGGACAGUGGCUGUGCCAUGAGGAAGACAGUGGCUCUCCAGAACUCUAAGCUUGGAGGGGAAUCCAGCAAGUCCGACUUCAUUAUCUGGGAAAUAGAGGUCCCAAAGGGGUUAGUUGGCCGCUUGAUCGGCAAACAAGGAAGAUUUAUGAGCUUCUUGAGGCAAGCGUCUGGUGCCAAAAUUUAUGUCUCAACACUACCUUAUUUCCGUGACUCCCAAAUCUGUCACAUUGAGGGCUCCCCGCAUCAAGUUGAGAAAGUGCUGAGCCUCAUUGGCAAGAAGUUCAAAGAGCUGUGUCUCACCAACAUCUAUGCUCUACCUCCACCAACACCGCUGACGCUUCAUUCCCUCCUUAUGACUGCCUGGCUGUUCCUCCCAGAUGGAGUCACCGUAGAGGUGGUCGUGGCGAACCAAGUCGACGCGGGGCACAUGUUCCUGCAGCAGCACACACACCCCACUUUCCAUGUCCUGCGUAGCCUCGACCAGCAGAUGUAUGCCUGCUAUUCUCAGCCUGAAAUUCCAACCCUCCCAACUCCAGUAGAAGUUGGCAUUAUCUGUGCAGCUCCAGGCCUGGAUGGGGCAUGGCUGCGGGCGCAAGUUAUCACCUAUUUCGAAGAGACCAAUGAAGUGGAGCUCAGAUACGUGGACUAUGGAGGAUACGACAAAGUGAAGGUCGACACACUCAGACAAAUCAGGUCUGAUUUUUUAUCACUGCCUUUCCAAGGAGCAGAAGUUUUACUAGACAACGUGGUGCCACUUCCAGAGGAGGAUCACUUCUCCCCCGAAGCGGAUGCCGCUGUCAGUGAGAUGACCAGAGGCGCAGUCCUGGUGGCGCAGGUCACAAAUUAUGACAGCGCGACAGGUCUGCCGCUGAUACAGCUGUGGAACUUGAUGGGAGAUGAGGUGGUGUCGAUAAACAGAACUCUGGUGGAAAGAGGAUUUGCUCAGUGGCUCGACUACUAGCAACAUCCCGGAUGCCUCCACAACUCUU